UCUCCUAUUUUAUUAGAGCAAACUUUCAUCUCUUUUCAGUGUUCAAUGAAGCAUGAUUUGAGUUGGUAGAAAAGUUAAAGAGCAUCAUCAUAAUGGAAGUGUGCAUGAUAUAGGUGAGAAUUGGAGGGUGCAUGCUGUUCUUUUUAGAGGAAUCACUCAUUUCUUAACAAAGAGGGAAGGAACCCAACAAAACGUUGCAUGUCAUUGUCAAAGCCUUUCGAAAGGCGUGGGUGGAAGAGAUGGCCAUUGAUAGUUACAUGUGUAUCAUUCAUGAACUUGCAUAAUCAUAGCUCAUCACUAGCAACGUGGGGUUGUUACUGUUACCAAAGAGGUUAAAGUGUACAUGCAUUAGAAGAGAAGGAUGAGGUACCAACAUGGUGUCCUAUGAUUGGCAGAUAACCAUGUCCUUUAAGUAUGUGUGAUUUAUGUGUACUAAAUAAUGUCUGUUGAGAAAUAUCAGUCUUUUUAAAUGAAUUCUAGUAUCUUGAGGAUUAGUUUUUAGACUCUCGGUCAGAGAUAUCCUGGAUUCACCGAAAAGAGAAAUUUGAGGGGUAAGUUAAACUCCAAGGAGAUAUAUAUAACUGCAAGAGAGCAUUGUGGCAUGGUCUCUUAACAUUUGCGUUUGUGGGGCUAGAAACUACCAAAAGAUCUUUAAUUUCUUCUCUGACCUGACCCUGCCACGCUUUGCAGAAGCAUCCACGAGCUUUUUCAAUAGGCCAAGGUGUUGGCUUUUGGGGACCAGCAGCAGUGGCAGAAUUGUCACAAUUCAAAGCCUGUGGACAGCUGCAACAGAUGAAGGACUGCAGGCAACUAUAGUUAAGAGCAACAGCAAGCAAAGCAAAGUGUGUCUGCUUAAAGAAAACCUAUGAGAAAACAAACCCAUAUGAGAAAAAAAGAAGAGAGCCACAUAUAGGAAGAAAAAAGUGAGAUAAUUUGAAAGAAAGAAAAAAAAAAACUGGAUUUCAGUGGGAAUCAGCAUCAACCACUAAGCCCUAUACAAAGUGAACAUGACUCACAACAAAAAAACUUGAUCACCACACACAACACAGCUCAUUAUCAAGUAUCUCAAAACCAACCUCAAUAUUAUGCUGAAGGCAUAACAAGUAGUUCCCACCAAAUAGAACCACCACCUACUUUGAACCAAGCCAUAAAACACACAGAGCACAAUAGAGGAGGAACAAUCACAAGGGGCAUGAGGACCGGUGUAGGAGAUAUUGUUCAAGUAGAAGGAGGGCACAUUGUUAGGUCCACAGGUAGAAAAGAUCGCCACAGCAAGGUCUACACUUCGAAAGGGCCACGCGAUCGCCGCGUUAGACUCUCAGCACACACAGCCAUUGAGUUCUAUGAUGUUCAAGACAGGCUUGGCUAUGACAGGCCAAGCAAGGCUGUGGACUGGCUCAUCAAGAAGGCAAAGACUUCCAUUGACAGGCUUGCUGAGCUUCCUCCAUGGCAUCCACCUACUCAUGAGGAAGAAAAGCAGAAUGAUGCUGCAGGAUCAAGUGGAAUCAUAGCCAUUGCGCAACAACAACAACAACAUGAACAGCAAUCAGAGUCUUGUGGUUACAACUUUCAGCUCCAAAGGCAAUUGGGGGCCUUCAGUUCAACCCAUGCUGACACUGACCCCAUCAAUUUUCAAACCAACAACUCCUCAGAAGAUCUUGGCCUAUCCCUCCAUUGCUUCCAAGACCACCCUGGCCUCAUUCAUUGGCAAUCACAACAGACAGGUGCACAUCAAACACCUCCUUCAAAUGAACACCAAAUCCGAACCCUUUUUGCUGGCUCAACCCCAGGUGGCUUUGAGAACCAUUAUCAAAGAAGUGUGACUUGGAACAAUGAAGCAACUACCACUGAUCAUGUGAACAGGUUGGGGUUCAUACUCAACUCACAGCCAUUUAUAGGCCAAGGUUCUGCUUCAGCUUAUGCUCAAAGUGGGGGGACCCUUCAGUCCAGUUUUUCAUUUCCAAUGACUUCUCCCUCUGAGCUUCACAGGCCCCAGCCAGUGAAUCAACCUUCCAUCUUUGACAGCAGGUUUGUGUCUGAUGGAUUAGCUGAUUUCUGCAUUCCAGAUAGAAUUCAAGGUGUGGAAGAGAACCAUGGAGUUGCUUCCAAUAGGCCAUCUUCUUCCCCUAGUUCUAUCCACUGAUCCCAAACUAAGCAAUGCUUAAGUCUUCCUAUCAGGAGUGUUCUCUAUCAGAUUGGCAACCGAGUGAAGAUUCAAUAGGCAUAUUGUUAUGAUCUACAAAGAUUUCCUUUCAAUUUGGCUUUCCUUUUUUUGGUUUUUAAAUUUAAAGUGAGUUGCCCUUGAUUCAACCCUUGAAAUCUAUAUGUAUAAUUUUGAAUUGAUGAAAAUUACCUUGAGUUGAAUUUGGUGGUUCUAGUCCUCACUGUAUUGUGAAUGUUAUUCCAAAAUAACAUAUUUCAUCUGAUAUCUAGUGAAAAUCAGAAGUUACAUGUCCA